AGGAUCAGAGAUUCACCGUUUCAACCGCGAAGCCGACUGUACCUAGAAAUUAAUUUAGAUACAAUAUUUAAAGUCAUGUUAUUUCUCAAACGACAAAGGACAGCAAAAUAGUUACAAGACAAAGCCUAGAGCUUUUAAUGUAUUUCUGUCAAUUUACUGUUUACAGGCAGGGCUUUUUCAAACAGCAUCUUUUAUGUGUCUUAUUACUCAAAUCACAUUAGCUAGCUCAUUUAUUUAGUAUCGUCGAGGAUGACUACUGUGUGCAUGAUGACUAUGUUUACUGAAUAGGUCAUUUAAUUACUUUUGUUUUGGUACAGCGACUACUGGCCGGAAGUUUUGUAUCGCAGAAUCGGAUGGUGAAAUAUGUAUUAUAUUGUAAAGGACUAAAUAACAUUGCUAUUUAAACAACUAGGCCUCCUCAAUCAAGUCUGUAGCAGUCACGUCAUUUGGGGAUUUCAUUUUGUAUGUUAGUAGGUGACAUUCUAAUUAUGUUGGCUAGUUUCAGACAUUCCACAGUUGACAUUCGCAUUCUCAGAGGACUAUAUCGUUUCAUCUACACGCGGAAUUCUGACAUAAAACGAUUUGUCAUGGAAAACACCGAAAUAGUUAGCGACAAAACUUUAACCCCUGAAAUCCGUUUGAACCUGUUCACACCGAACUGCCAAUUUUGGCAUGCACGACCAGAUACAUGGCCCUUUUCGGACCCUUAUUGGGCAAUAUAUUGGCCUGGAGGGCAAGCGCUUUCAAGGUAUCUGCUAAAUAACCCUGAGGUAUCCAGAGGGAAGAAAGUGCUGGAUCUGGGUAGUGGUUGUGGGGCAUCAGCCAUUGCUGCAAAGCUCUGCAGUGCUUCUCAUGUGGUGGCCAAUGACAUAGACUCAGUUGCUGCUCUGGCUAUUCAGUUGAACUGUGAACUUAACCACCUGGAGCCAAUUCCCUGUGUGACUGACAACCUCAUUGGAUCCGAACCGGAGAGCUGGGACAUCAUCUUGCUUGGGGACAUGUUCUAUGAUGAGGAACUGGCUGACAGUUUGCAUACUUGGCUGCAGAAGUGCAUCAAAACCCAUAACACACAAGUGUACAUUGGGGACCCUGGACGUGCACAGUUUGAAAACCACAGCAUUAAAAGAGUCAUACAACAACUGGCCCAGUACACAUUACCAGAAUCAGUUAGAGAAGAGAACUAUGGACUGACGAGUAGUACUGUCUGGCUUUACAAACCUGAUGUAUAACUGCAGUAUGCUGAUUUCCUUCUCAAGCUCUGUUGAAACCAUUCAAGAUUCUAUAUUGCCAUUGUGCAAGCACCACACGAUUGCAAUUGUGUCAACAUCAAAUUGAUAUUCACAUCUUACAUUUAUUUAGUUGUAUCUAAAGUGACAGGUAAGGAAUGUAUUUGAACUGUAGAGCCUUAACUCUGUUGGUUUUAUUUAUGAAGUAAAAACCUCCUCAAAGUUAUCGUCUCUAAAACACAAUAUGACCAUCAAAUAAAGCUCCUGAUAAAGUCAUUUUUCCUACAGACAACAUUUACAUGUAAUCAUUUAGCAGACACAUGAAUCCAAAGGAAGUAUUCCUGCCAGCUGCCAUCACCCUGUACCCGGGACUCUCCUUUGUCAGGAGGGGUGUCCUCUGAUCUUCGUACAGUGUACAUUCACCUUUGCACAGUAUCAAUUACCAAUACAUUCUAUUUAUUUUUCUAUUUGAUCUACCUUGUCUACCUCAUUACUGUAAGUAACUUAUAUAUUGUAUACAAUAGUAUGCAAAGGUUGGGCAUCCCUAUGGAAAUGAUUUUGUAGAUGUCUGAAGUGAAAACCAGUAAAUAGAACACCUGCAGCAAAUAAUGAGACUUUCUUUAAAUGUUAAUAAUUUAACGGCAAUUGUGGCAUGUGCAAAAGUUUCUUACAGAUUACUUCAAGUUCUGAAAUACUUUUAGGAUGUGUGUGUGUGUGUGUACAUCAUGUUUAAGAUUUACCCACAAAUAAUCAAUAAUGCUUUUUGAGGAUUCCAAAAACAACUGCUUGCAUUUCUCAAAGAAGUUAAUGUAGUAAUUUCAAAUGAAAUAAAAAGAGGCCUCCCGAUUGAC